AUGGAUUCAACCCAUGAUUUGACUAAAGUAGACCAAUUAAGUAUUAUAAUUAGAUACGUAAAAGUUAAUUACGAAGAACACAAAUUUGAAAUAAAAGAGUCUUUUAUUGGUUUUUAUGAACUCAAGCACUAUACUGCAAAAGAUUACGAACAUCUUAUUCGAAAAAUUAUAAUAAAACUUAAUUUAGAUAUCACAAAAUGCCGGGGACAAGGAUAUGACGGAGCAUCAGUAAUGAGUGGUAAACAUAAUGGUGUACAGACAAGAGUUAAAUAUAUUGUACCCUCUGCUACAUUUGUGCAUUGCUGUUCUCAUAACCUAAACUUAGUUAUAUCUGAUGCGGCAAAAAGUCACCAAAAAAUAAUUAAUUUUUUUGAUACGGUUCAAGCAAUAUUCAAUUUUUUCAGUAGUAGUGGACCAAGAUGGGCUUUGUUGGCUUUCAAAAGUGAUAUUUCUAAUAAAAUUCGAGCUAAAUUUUUGAAAAAAGUCUGCCCCACUAGGUGGGAGGCACGUCAUGAUGCUGUGUUUGCACUAAAAACUAGAUUUGUUGAUGUUCUAAAAGUUUUGACUCAAAUUGUUCUUAUAAGUUCUAAAACAAAUGAAAAAAAUUUGGCUGUGGGAUUAAAAAAGCAAAUUGAAAAUAGGGAAUUUGUUUUAAUACUAUGCUUAUGGGAACCCAUACUUCGAGCCCUUCAAGGUAUUUCAAAACCAUUACAGAAUGUUAAUAUUACUUUUGACCAAGCGUCUAAUAUGCUUCGAAAUGCUGUACAAACGACUCAAAAGCUCAGAAACAGUUUUGAAGAUAUUUUAAAAAAUGCGAAUGAAUUAUGUUUAAAAUGGGGAAUAUCUACUUCAUUUUUUAAUAAACGAAACAUUUUUGCAAAGAAACAUUAUGAUGAGUUAGAUGGUGACUAUCGACUAAAUGUCACAGAAGAAAACUUUAAAGUGAAUAUUUUUUUUGCCAACAAUUGA